GUGACUGCAGUUCUACCUCUGGUGUGGUUAGCAUGUAUCACGGGCGAAGCACUGGUAAAGGGCCCUCCACUCCCACGCAGAUUUACCAGCAACCUCCAAGGCUUCUCAUUGUGCAUAUUGCUCUACCGUCCUGGGCUGACAUCUGCUCCAACCUCUGUGAAGCUCUGCAGAACUUUUUCUCUCUAGCGUGCAGCUUGAUGGGCCCCAGUCGCAUGUCCCUCUUCAGCUUAUACAUGGUACAAAAUCAGCAUGAAUGUAUCCUUCCCUUUGUGCAAGUGAAAGGGAACUUUGCUAGGCUGAAGGCCUGCAUCUCAGAACUCCACACAUUGCAGAAAGAAGGCUGUUUCAGACCACACAGCACUUCUCUGCAGCUGGCAAUAGAGGAUGGGCUCCAGCAGUUCAAACAGUACAUGAGACAUGUGACAACAGGUGCAGCUCUGAGCUACACUUCCCUGGAGAUUACUGUUCUGACUUCCCAGCCUGGAAAAGAAGUGGUCAAACAACUGGAGGAAGGAUUGAAAGACACAGACCUCGUAAGGGUCAGGAGACUUCAGGUGGUUGAGAUCGCAAAGGGAGUCCUAGAAUGUACGGACUCAGUAUCUCCUAUUGAAGAGCCUAGCAGCGAUGAGAGUUCUAUCCUGGGAACUGACAUUGACCUUCAGACCAUAGACAAUGAUGUUGUCAGCAUGGAGAUUUUCUUCAAAGCCUGGCUGCAUAACAGUGGAACAGACCAAGAACAUAUCCAUCUUCUUCUUCCUUCACGGUGUUUCAGCAACAUUUCCAGAGCCAGAAAUGAUUCAAUGUGCCUGAAAUGUGAUCUCCAAGAGCGAUUUCUCAGCCCGUCCCUGCUCCCUGGCACAGCUGAUGGCUCCUUGAGAAUGGAUGACCCCAAAGGAUACUUCAGCACACUUUACCAGAUGGCCUCCCAGUCAUCGGCCUCUCGUUACAAGCUCCGAGUGAUCAAGGCUCUAAAUUCCAGUGGGAUCUGUGAGUCAUUGACAUACGGACUGCCCUUCAUCCUCAGACCCACAAGCUGUUGGCAGCUGGACUGGGAUGAGCUGGAGACAAAUCAGCAGCAUUUCCAUGCUUUGUGUCACAGCCUGCUGAAAAGAGAAUGGCUGCUAUUGGCCAAAGCAGAGCCCGGCAGUGGAGGACACAGCCCGCAGGCGCCCGCCAGCACUUUCUAUGUGAUUAUGCCAUCACGCUCCCCCACUCUGCUGGUGAAAGCGGUGGCCACGCGGGAACUGUUGCUGCCGAGCCCCUUCCCGCUCCUACCUGAGGACCCACCUGAAGUCAGCCUUAAGACUGUGGAGAAGGUGCUGGACAGCCUGGAGCUGGAGCCCACCUACAACCCUUUGCAGGCUUGGAGCCACCUGUACUCACACCUGAGCAGCACCUUGACGAAGCCUCAGGGACGGCUCCAGCCAAGCUGGGAAAGCCGGGCCCUAAGAAAGCAUCCCUGCAAGGCUGGGCAGUUGCAGACAAACCGAGUCCGAGCCACAGUGGCCCCCCUACCUAUGACUCCAACCCCUGGCAGAGCCCCCAGGAUGCCAGCAGCCAGCAAGCCUUCCUUAGAAGCCUUCUGGCCUUCCAAAGAGGAAGAAGUGCAGGAGCAGAAAGAGGAGGAAUAUCCCUCUGGGCCCUAAGUCACCAGCGCUAGAGCCUGGCUGCCCUGCUUCGCCACAUGCACACCAAGGCUCAUACAGUGAGUGGCCUCUGUGGUCGGACUUCCCUUAUCGCCACCUGAGCCUCUGUGAGUUCCAGGUGACUGGGAAACGGAGCUUUCCCCGCCUCUGGCUUCAGUGCUGCCGCCGCCCCACUGCUUAGGCCCAGAACAGACACACCUGAACUUUUUCCUUCUCCAAGCAGGAACUCAUUUUCUUUUGGAUCAUUCGAUACUAUUAACACAAUGAAGAUUAAACACCCAGUAAGUCUC